AUGGCUUCAGACGACGGGGUUGGUCCUCGGAAGAGGCGGAAAAUUGGCUCCCUUGGUUCUGAGCCUUAUAUUUUGCGCUCACUGUUUGACGACGUUCCGCUGGCGACGGACGAUAAUUCGGACGUUUACAUCACUACCGUCGAGUUCUGGGAUGGAAAUUUGUACAUAGGUACCUCCGCAGCUGAAGUGCUGCAUUUUGUCUGUCUUCCAGCAGCUGCCGACGAUGAAUCGACCGAGCCCACCUUCAUUCUAGCCUCACGACUACCGAUUCCAUUUCAAAAUGAACCCUCUGAUAACAACCCUCCCGGGGUUCGACAGAUCAUGAUCUUGCCGUCGGUGAACAAAGCCUGUAUCCUUUGCAAUGGCAUGGCCACUUUCUAUAUGCUUCCGGAGCUCAGCCCAGCGUUCGGAAAUACCAAGGUCAACCAUUGUCGCUGGAUUGGUGGCUUGGAUCUUAAUCAAGAUGCAACCAAUGAAGAUGAGCCAGUCCUCAUGAUAGCUGUACAAAAUAGCAUCAUGCUGAUUAGGAUUGGAGAAGGUGCUCGGCGUGUGAAGCAGAUCAAAUUUCCGGGUUGCUUGGUCGCGGCGCGCCGAGGCACUAUCGCGUGUGCGGCCGACACACACUCCUAUUCUCUGUUGGAGGUCGAGCACCAGCAGAAAAUCCCUUUGUUUCCCAUCUCAUCCUCGAGUGAGGUCUUUGAGACUGGAGCUGUCGAAGACACUUCGGUGGGAGCACCAACCUCGCCGCUGCGGCGCUCGCCGUCCUCGUCGUAUCCUAGUUCCCCUCCAGUGGACUCUCAGGCACAUGGACGGAGCAGUAGCCUGAAUGCGUUUGCAGGUAUGCUCCAGCCGCAACCACAAUCUCUGGGACACAACAUAUCACCAUCCGCAACACCGGAUCCAUUCACAACCACGGGCAGCAUUCGUCGGUCUAGCUCCGAGGAGCGAGGUGAAGGUGGAGGAAGUCAAAAGCAGGAGAUCUUAGAGGUCUCCGAGCAGCAUCCGGCUUCAACUGGGGGCUCAGAUGAUGUCAAGCCUCUCCCUGCCCUUCCACCCCCCAAACCGAUACAAAAGCAAUUGCAGCCACAUGUGGUGUCACCCUCUCCUACCGAGUUUCUUCUCGUGACUGGCACAGAAGAAACCGAGCCAGGAGUAGGCAUGUUUGUGGACUUGGAUGGCGAGGUUGUUCGUGGGACUAUCAAUUUCCACCGGUUCCCAAAGUCGGUGGUCAUUGAUGCUGGUGGAGACGAUCAGGCGUUGCAGCCAAACGACGAUACAAGGGAGGAGUACAUUUUGGCAACAAUUGAAAUGGAGAAAGAUGGAGGGAAGCAACACAGAAUUGAGAUUCAAAGGUGGGACGAUGAUCCUGCUGUCAUUGAGCGAAACAAGAAAUGGCUAGAUAUACCAGGUGCGGGUAACGAUGGGCAAAAUGUUCAAGUGGGAUUGAAACAUACCAUCAGUUCCAGCAGUAUCGAAAAUGGCGAGGUCGGAAACCUUCUGCGGAUGGUGCGCUUGAAGACCCCGUUUCUCUCAGCCUAUGUCGUGACAGUAGACUCUCGAACCCAGGACUCAAUCGAACAACAAAAAACAGAGAAAGAGCUUUUUGAGUCACCAGAGACUGGGGAUCCCACCGGCGCCAAAAAUUCAAAUGCUGGAUCGGAGGAGCUCGAGUGGGAGACGCGAAGAAACGCGGAAGAGUCAAAUUUUGCGCGUGGAUUAGGUAUACUCCAAAGCAGCCUGGUUGUUUGGUCCGGUUCACAAGUCUGGCGAUUGUGCAAGAACCCAAUGGUCGUUCAACUGGAGGACACUCUACGCAAAGCUCAGCAAGUUGACGAAAGAGGUCGAAUUACGUUGCAACGAGACGCAGUGAUGGAUUUGAUGGUCUCAGCUCAGGACAUCGAGCCUAAGAACGAGGCCGAGUUCCUUGGCUUAGGAUAUGUGAAGCAAAAAGCCAGUCUGCUACUAUACGGCGACCUGCUGUCAAUGCAUCCUGAGAACCGUGCCGAUCCGACUAUUCGGAAUACCGAAAGAGCCCUCUUGUCUGGAAAUUUGGAUCCCCGAAUUGCCUUGCUCUUCACUCCGUUCCUCAGAAAAGAUGUCAUUCAGGGGCCGCAAGGAAUCUGGGUUCAGUCGGGGCUUGCGGAGACUGCUGAAAAAUACUUGGGCCAGGUUGAUCGGCACAGCAAUGACGUUGGGGUGCAUAGCCCUAUAUUAAAUAUGCUCAAGCGCUUUUUGCUGUCGUGGCAACAGAAGAGAGGUUACGGUAGUAUCACCGACGAAGAGUAUGUUUUCGAUAGCACCGACAGUGCUCUACUUCAUCUUCUUCUCGAGCAAGACGGGCAUCUCAGCCCACAGCAGCGAGCAGCAUCUACGCGCAGUGAACUCAACAAGUUAGUCGACAGUUGGAAAGGUAAUUUUGAGCGAGCCGUCGCUCUUUUGGAACAGUACAAGCGGCUCUACAUUCUGAGCCGACUUUAUCAGAGCCGCAAGAUGUCUCGAAACGUGCUGAAGACGUGGAAGAGGAUUAUCGACGGAGAGACCGAUGCAGGCGGAGAGGUCACGGGGGCCAGUAUUGAGGCGCAGAUGCGCAAGUAUCUGGUCAAGAUCAAAGAUGUGCAAUUGGUGGAGGAGUACGGCGCCUGGCUUGCAGGGCAAAACCCACCACUGGGAAUCCAGGUGUUUGCAGACAACUCCAGUCGCGUGAGAUUCGAGCCGGCGGAUGUAGUAGCGCUGCUCAAACAGCAGGCUCCCAGUGCGGUCCAGGUGUAUCUGGAGCAUCUUGUCUUUGCCAAGAAUGUUGGUUUAUCUGCUUCCCCCGGAUCUGAGUACACACAACAUUUGCUGACAAAAUUGAACUUCCAGUACACCCAAUACGCCGAUGACCUCAUCGCGUACUAUCUUGACGAAGUUCUUUCGGUUCUUGAAUCUUCCUCAGACGCGCGUGCAUCGCUUGCGGAAUCCUAUUCAACAUACCGAGCGCUCCGCCCCCCGAAACCGACGUAUUUAAAUUUCAUCACGGAGAACACACCCUCUGAAGCCUGGUGGCAGUCACGCCUGCGGCUUCUUCAACUUCUCAGCGGCAGCUCAGGCACUCAGUUCUCCUCCAUGGCAUUACCUUCCGGGAUCACCUACUCCGUUUCAACCGUACUUGAGCGCAUUGCGCCAUUUGAGAAUGAGCUCGUAUCGGAAAGUAUUAUUCUCGACGGCCUACAGGGUCAUCAUCGUACCGCCCUCCGACUUCUCACCCAUGGGCUAGGCGAUUACGACUCGGCCAUCCGCUACUGUCUCUUUGGCGGACCACGCAGCGCGACAUCUUCCAGUGGGACUCAACCAGAGUUGGCCAGCGCAGACAUGCAGUCCACGUUAUUUGGCCAUCUUCUUGACGAGUUUCUGCAGAUCCAGGACUUGACUGACCGCAUCGAACGAACAAGCGACCUGCUCGCACGGUUUGCAGCGUGGUUCGACGUCCGUGAAGUUUUGGAGCUCGUGCCCGAAGACUGGAGCGUGGAUAUCCUUGGAGGGUUCUUGGUGCAAGUCUUCCGCCGGAUUGUUUCGCAAUCUCGGGAGGCACGGAUCCAACGGGCGUUGAGUGCCGGCUUGAGUCUCCGGGUCGGUGUAGAAUACACCGAUUGUCUGGAAAAAGCGGGCCCUUGGUUGGAGGACAGCGAGGGUGUGCGAAGAUUGAAAGAUGAUCAGCGCAAUGCCCCGAAGAUGAUACUGGAAGCUGGCGCCAUUCCUAGUGGCGAUGACAAUGAUUUUGGCGAUGUGGUGGGGCCGACAUGA